CCUCAUCGCCACAAAAAUGGCCGCACUGUCGCUCUCUACCUCCGCUCUCGGCCUGGCCCACGGCGUCGCGCCGCCCCGCGGCUCGCCAUCCAUCUCGAUGAUGGCGAAGGCCACCGGCAAGGAUACGCUUAUUGCUCUGGCUGAGGAGCAGCAGAUCCCGAUGGGCUUCUGGGACCCUCUCAAGCUGGCCGACAAGGACUUCUGGUCGGAGGGCAACGACGCGACCGUCGGCUGGCUCCGCCACGCCGAGAUCAAGCACGGCCGCGUGGCGAUGGCCGCCUUUGUCGGCUUCUGCGUCCAGUCGAACGGGAUCCACUUCCCGUGGGACAUCAAGGGCGGCAUCCUCGGCGACGCCGCGACCGCCCUCUCUUACGGAGACCUGUCGGCCAUCCCCGCGCCAGUCGACCAGUGGGCUGCCGUGCCGACGGCGGGAAAGCUGCAGAUCCUCGGCACGAUCGCCGUGCUCGAGUUUGUUGGCGAGACGAUGGAGCCGCACUACAUGCGCGGAGGCAAGCCUGGCUUCUACCCGUCGCUCAAGGACGCGGCCGGCGGCGGCAAGGGCAACAUCCCGCACCCGGUCCCCCUCGACCUCUACGACCCCUUCGGCUUCUUGGAGGGUGACUCGGAGGAGAAGAAGGCGCGCGGGCGCAACGUCGAGAUCAACAACCGGCGUGCGGCCAUGCUCGGCAUCUUCGGCCUGAUCUGCGCCUCCAAGGGCCUGAUCGUCCCGGGCCUCGACUCGCUCGGCAUCGCGCAGGCGACCGCCGAGCCGAUGUCGUACUUUGGGCCGAACGACGCCGGCCUCCCCUUCGUCGAGAACAUGCUCAAGUUCGACAUCGCGAGCUUCGGCCAGCCGCAGUAGACCGUGUCUGUCGUUCCGCACCCAUCUGGCAUUCCCACCCCGCGGGCCGGUACGUCAGCCCGCCGUGUGCGGUGACCGGUGUGGGGCCGAGUGGGAGCUACCACGCUCUAGGGAGAUCGGACACGCGGAAAAGCGUGUGUGUAGAGCCAAGAGAGGUACCCUCCAUGGUGCGCGAGCGCGUCUGUACGAUAUGAGUUUUGAAUGCUUUUAUAGCUACGACCAUAUGAGUC